AUGCUUCUUUUGACUUUGUGGAGGAUUUGGCACAUCCGUAAUGAAGUGUUACACCAUAAACCUGCGCCCCCAAUGGAAGCGUCCAGGAGGUAUUUGGUGAGUUACCUUGAUUCCUUGGUUGGUCUUAAAAUUGAUCUAUCUUCUGAUCCGAGCAAAGGGAAGUCCUUAGUUACAUACGACAGGCCACUUAAAAAUCCACAUGUUCGAAUAGUUGAGAGCACUCCUGUCAAAUGGUGUCCCCCUAUGGCGGGUUGGGUGAAACUGAAUACUGAUGGGUCCUUUGCAGUAAAUGGUACGGCUGGUGCGGGGAUGGUGCUGCGAGAUGACAAAGGUAAUGUCAUCUACUCAGCUUGCAGGGAGCUUUUUUCAUGCCGAGAAAUUCUUGAAGCGGAGUUGUGUGCUUGCAUGGAAGGCCUGUCUUUUGCAAUUCAGAGAAGCGACUUGCCGAUCAUUAUUGAGAUGGACUCCAUUAUUGCAGUCAAGCUGAUUCAAGCGAUGGAUAUUGAUAGAUCGAUCUACUCUUCUUUAGUUAAAGAAAUUAGACACCUGAUGUCUCUUCGUGAUUCUUGUAUUACUCAUAUAAAUCGUACGCAAAAUAAGGUUAGCGAUAGCUUAGCAAAGUUUGCUAGACAAGAGGGCAGAACAAUGACCUGGGUUGGGUCAGGCCCAUCAGUUUCUUUAGAGCUAGCCGAGGCUGAUUGUAUGGACAUUGAGAUUUGA